UCCUCCUCCUCUUCCUCCGUGCUCCUCUAAAGUCACCUGACCAAACGCCAUGCAAAUCACUAUGUUGCUGCAGCCUCAUUGGCCGCUUGUGGCUCAUUUAACCGCUGUCAGUGCGCAUCACAUGGCCGCCGCUUUAACCAACUUCUCCAACUCCAACAGGGAAAGUGGCUCGAACGCGCAUUCUGUCACAUUUGGAUGAGAAGCGACCCCAAGACCGAAGGCUGAGUGAAAUACUGCGUGGAGAAUAUUUUUUAUAAAUAUAUUUAUGCCUUCUCGGAUUAAUUUUCAUCUCCAGUUUGUUUCAUUAAGGGGCGAGAAUAAUAAUAUUCUGACUCGGUCAUCUUCGGCGCACCCCGAAUCAACUUGUGCGCGCCUGACCUGAUCUUCAAACAGACUUUUGUUUUUGUUUUUUUUUUCUCUGUUGGUGGUGAAGUUUAAAACCAGGGUGAAUGUAUAGCAUGAUGAUGGAGACUGACCUUCAUUCCCCCGGCCCCCAAACGAACACGAGCACGGGGCCAACGGGGCCGAACGGCGGCUCCAAAGCGAGCCAGGAGCGCGUGAAGAGACCCAUGAACGCGUUCAUGGUGUGGUCCCGGGGCCAGCGGAGGAAGAUGGCGCAGGAAAACCCCAAGAUGCACAAUUCGGAGAUCAGCAAGCGCUUGGGCGCCGAGUGGAAGGUGAUGUCCGAGGCGGAGAAGCGUCCCUUCAUCGACGAGGCGAAGCGGCUGCGAGCCAUGCACAUGAAGGAGCAUCCGGAUUACAAGUACCGGCCGCGGCGAAAGACGAAGACGCUGCUGAAGAAGGACAAAUACUCACUGGCCGGCGGGCUGCUUUCCGGGCCCAGCGGUGGCGGUGGUGUCGGUUUAAGCGUCGGCAUGAGCUCAUCCGGGGUCGGACAGAGGUUAGAGAGCCCCGGGGGUCACGGAGGUUCCGCCGGCUCCGGCUACGCGCACAUGAACGGCUGGGCGAACGGCGCGUACUCGGGGCAGGUGGCCGCAGCCGCCGCGGCCGCUGCGAUGAUGCAGGAGGCGCAGCUCGCCUACAGCCAGCACCCCAGCAGCGGGGCACACCACCACCACCACUCGCACCACCACCACUCCCACAACCCGCAGCCCAUGCACCGCUACGACAUGACGGCCCUGCAGUACAGCCCCAUCUCGAACUCUCAGAGCUACAUGAACGCCUCGCCGUCCAGCUACGGCGGGAUCACCUACACGCAGCACCAGGGCUCCGGCGUCUCCUCCUCGGCUGCCAUGGGAACGCUGGGGUCGCUGGUGAAGUCGGAACCGAGCCAAAGUGACCGUGACCAGUGGACGUGGAUCACCCAGUGGAAACCGUAAUUUACUGAUAGCACCCUGUCUCCUCUCUCAGCUGGCAGGCCAUCAUUACAUCAAGCACUGGAAGAAAGGUGCUGUGAGGAAUGGAAAGAGGACCUUCAAGGAAAUGUCAGACAAUCACAUCCUUAAAUUUACUCUUUGCACUCUGAUUGCUGACCUUAUAAACUCUUGAAUGACACAAUGACAUUCCACUGAUUGCCCAAUAUUUUGUGUAAAAGUGAUUUCAGCACAUCUGGACCACAACACAAACGGUGCCCUUGCAGAAGUAUUCAUACCACCUGCAUAGAUAUGAGGUAGAUGUUAAAGAUUGCUUGGAAAUUUUUUUAAAUGUACAAUGCAUUUGUACAUUACUUAGCCACACAAAAAAAAUGUCUCUACAAGUCACCUAUUUAAGUGAAUUAUUUUACAUCUAUGUGUUGUAAUCCUUGUAAAUAAAAAAAAAUGCAGCUGAUCUGUGAAAGUCUUGGGAGUUUGCCAGAGAACAUUGUUAAAGAAAAAACAUGACAACAUAAAAACACACCAGCCGGGUCAGGGAUAAAGUUAAGGAGAAGUUUGAAAACACUACAAUGGCUGUGAACUUCUCAUGAAGUUCUUUUUAAUCUAUCAAUCAGAAACGGACAGAUCAUGACACAGCUGGUGCUAAAUACACUCAAAUACUGGAAGAAAACCUGUUGGAGUAAAACAGACUACAGCAAUCAUCCACCAGAAGCUUUAUUUGGACAGAUUAGAUCAAAGUACAUUCAUAUGCCUCGUUUAGGUGUAGUCAAAGUCCACACCUAAAUCCAAAUGUGAAUCCGUGGCAAAAUUGAGAGCUGAUGUUCAGAGACGCUUGAUGUUGCACAUCGGUAGAGACAUAUCCCCAAAGGACUUGAAGCAAUUACAGCAACAGGUGCUUCUACAAAGUAUUAACUCUGAAUGUGCAGGUACACUGUGCUUUUUAGAGUUUGAUUUGUUUGAAAAAAUGGAAAGAAAUGUGCUUAUUUACCUGCACUUGGCAAUCAUGCACUAGCUUGUGUUGAUCUAUCAGAUAAAUCUGAUUAAAUGCAUGGAGAAUUUAGUUGUAAUGCAUCAAAAUAUGAAGGAAUUCAUUGGGUGUGAAUACUUUUGUGAGGCACUGUGCAUACAAGAACUGGGUUGCAUACUGCAGCUCUCCUUUUCUUGUCCCAUUUGCAGAAAACCUCACCAUCUUAAUAAUCUUAGCCCCUUAGCUGGCAUGCUUUCCAAGAAUCCGCUGCAUUUUUCGUUUAGCAAAAAUGGUCACAAAUUUUUCACGAGUAUUGAUAUUUACUGUGUAACCAGAGAACAGUCACCUUACACAGAGUUAGUGCCUGUUAAAGGGAAUCAAUCAAAACUCUGCUGUCUGUUUUCUGGCCGGCCAUGGCCCUCAGUCACUGCGGUAAGUGGGAGCAAUUUUAAUUUGAAAACAAACCUCUGGCAGGUUCUUUUAAUGCAGAUACACAAAGAAAUAGUGCUUAGUUAUGUUCUAAUUAACAUCUUUCUGGUGUGUGUGUGAGUGAGUGUGCAUGUCAUAUGUUGUUGUUUAGGUUCAGAGCCAAUGGUUUGUUUUACAGCUGAUGAUGUGAUUUUGGUUGGUUGUAGAGGUAAAAAAAAAAAAUAGAAGAAGAAGAGCAAAUUAAAUAAACUGAAAGUGUUCUUCCCUGUGUAAAGAUAAUAAUGCACAAACAAAUUAAAUGUAUUUUCUAAUUCAGAAGUAAAUUAACUCCUCAAAGUAAAAGUUGCAGAAAAAGUUUCAGCAAUUAAAAUAUGUAUUAAUUCCAAGGCCUAAAUGUGCCCUCAAUUAUUUUACCAUUGGCCCUAAAGUAAUUGAUUUUGGGCAGAGAAAAACAGGAGGUGGAGGGGUGAUCCUUGUUGUUAUGGGAAAAAAAACUACAAAACCAAUAAAUGGGAAAAUAACUGACGUCGUAA